AGCACGCGCAGCCAUGCUUGCCUUCAAGGAAUUUUAAGCAGCGAUGUCUAUGUGUUAGCAGCAUCGAUAGACUGGACUCAUUUCAAGAGACACCCCGGCAAGCAUCACCGAGCGAAUAUAUUAACAAAUGUGCCAGCCAGGAAUGAGCAAAUUCUUCAUCAACCGAGAAUCAGCAGUUUGGAAAAAACUGUCGCCAAUUCCAAGGCACUUUUUGAAAAAGGACAAAGCCGCCGUUCAUUUACCGAAAAUAGACGUAUUAUCCUAGUCUUUCCAAGACGAUUGACAGACCAGAACAAAGGACACAUUGUUCCACGAGACAGGAAUUCUGUUCAGCCUGCAUUCGAAGCUGUUCGCCUCUUUAGUCAUUGUGUAGACCUGUGGCAUGAUCAGAUGAGGUGUUGGCAGUAGAUGGUAUCACAUAUCGUUUGCAAAUUUCGCUUCGUAAAUAGUACCCUAAGGGACUGCGUGC